UGAAAAGCCUUCAAUUUCACGAGGGAUCCAAAUCCCAGCCCCAUCUCUCACCAAGCUCCUCUUCCUCCUUCUCGCCGGCCGCCAUGGCCGAGACCUGCAACCCUCGCCGUCUCCCAUGGCUCAUCAAGUCUUGCAUCCCCGAUCCUCGCCGUGAAGCCGCCAAACUCCCAUCGGGAACUCGUCCUCCGCCCACCGUCACCUCCACCGCUGCAUCUCCAUCGAUCUCGUCCCUCCCCGACGAUCUCCUUCUCGAGAUCCUCUCCCGAGUUCCCCAACCCUCGAUCCCAUCCCUCUCCCUCGUCUGCCGCCGCUUUGCUCUCCUCCUCGACUCCCCGUCCUUCUACGCCCUCCGCCGCUCCCACGGCCUUCUCCGCCCUGCUCUUCACGCCCUUUCUGUCCCCUCUCCUUCCGAGCUCUUCCCUGCUUCUCUGAUGAUCUUAUCCUCGUCCUGGGAUCUCCCUUUCGGCCCCAUUCCCAUCCCCAUCGAGAUCCCUGACGGAUCCCUCGCCCACGCCCGUGCUGUCACUCUCGGCCGCUCCAUCUACCUCAUCGGCCGCGGCGCCACUCUCCGCUUCGACGCCUGGACCGGCGCAGUCUCCUCCCGCUCCCCCACCCUCAUUCCUCGCAAAAAGUUCGCCGCUGCCGCCAUCGCAGGUCGCAUCUACGUCGCCGGUGGCGCCGCCCGAUCCUCCGCCGUGGAAGAGUACGAUCCCGACCUCGACUCCUGGCGCAUCAUCUCCGACGCCCCGAGACGCCGCUACGGCUGCGUCGGCGCCACCGCCUCCGGCGUCUUCUACGUCAUCGGCGGACUCAUCGUCGGCUCCUCCCCACGUGCCGGGAGGCUGGACGCGCACGUGUGGGCGGGCACGAUGGACACGUACGAGGUGGAGACGGGGGUGUGGGGGAGCCGCCGCGCCGCGUCAGUGCCCGGCGGUGGCUGCGUCGUCGGCGCUUGCGGCGCCGGCUCGCACGUGUACGUCCUCGCGAGCCACGCCGUCGAGGUCUCAUUCUGGAGGUGGGACGCCGGGAAGGGACGCCGAGGUGACUGGCUUCGACUUGAGCCGCCGCCGAUCACGGCACACCUUCGGCUCGGCGGCGCGGCGAGGUUCUGCUGUUCCGCGCUGGGACAGGAUAAGAUCGUGGCGUUAGUCCACGUGUCGUCAGAUGCUUCGCGGAGAAGGGGAUCAACGGACGGGGUGGUGCUGAGUCUACGAUAUCGUGAAGGGUGA